AUGGCUUGGCCAGAGAAAGUCAUUCGCCAAUUUCAAACCGUUCCCCAGAAUCCUAAUGAAAGUGACUUUUAUGGGCCAUACAACAAGCUUCUCUACUACCUUUUCCCUGCACUCAGGCUCCGACUUCACUGUUGUCCCACAAUUCAUCAAUCCAGCAUUCGACAAGCUCCCAAUUGGGUUGUGACUUUCGAAGUAUUAUUUGAGAGCCGUCCUGUCUUCAUCGUGGAGCUAAAGAAGCCAGCGGAUAUUCAAUAUAUUUCAAGACGUCAGACAGCUGAUGAGCAGAUCAGGGAGCGUUUAGGAAAUUUGAGUGCUGAAUGUCCAAUAUCAACUCUUCAUGCAGUCAGUGCUAUAGGAACGCAACUCUGCUUUUAUCAUGUCGACACCACUAAUACAGAGGCUCCAAUGAUCCCACCACGCAUCACUCCUCGUAACCCUAACAUUGUGACUGACACUGCACCAGUCGAGUGGUGGGACUGUGAUAUCAUGGAUGCCCAGGGCGAGGCAAGGUUCUGCACUGUAGUAGAUGAGAUUAAGCAAGCAUGUGCACGUCUAUAA